GUUCCCAAUGACACGGUUCCUCGCUGGCGGGCUUGCAAACGGGCGUGAACCAAUGGCGACGAGGGAAUGAACAGAACAAUUGAUGCCUGGGUCGCCUUGUGAGAUUUUGUUCCCCCCUCGCGAGCUCUUUCGCUGUCAAGGGUGAUAUCGGCUGUCGGAUAAUUCGGAACAUUGGAAGCUUUAUCGAAUUCGAUUCCCGUGUGCGGACAAAAGAAAGCUGAGACCUUGGGCUUGGAGUCUUGAUUCGAUGAGAAGGAGACGUGAAGACAAGACAAUGGAAGAUGGAGGUGGCUCAGCUGGGCUUGGGUGAGUGGAAGUUGAAGAGUGUGGCUAGUGACCGCACUACCGGAAUGUGGCUUUCCUUAGCGCUGUGCAACACUGGUUCGUGUUGCCAAGACGCCAGGCUGGGUCUCCCAUGCUUGAUCAACCAGCGACUCCAACUGCUUCCUUUUCAGCUUACAUGAGCAUCAGAGAGAGAUCUAGACAACUCUCGGAUCUCGAUAUCCUCAAAGAUAAGCCUUUUUGAAGCGAUUCACGGUUCCAGGCCUGGAUAGACUCGCUUUCUGCCAUCCACAUACCCCCAACUUUCUCCAUUACAAACCCACGUGCACGGCUUCCACAUUCGACGGGCUUCUGUCUGCCACGGCACCACACCGCACCUUCACCACGUUUGAACCGUCAGCUAUCUUGCUUCUGUUCCUGGUGAAGCGAGCGAAAAGCAACGAAUACGGAACCUCACUUCUGCUUCGCAACCACCACCCACCAUGGCUGACGUCCCGCUCUAUGUCGUAUCCGACUACUCGUCUUCGGAAAGACGGAUCACCCCCUCAUGGUCUAUCGCUCAGCUCAAGACCAAGUUGGAACCCAUCACCGGCAUUCCUCCUUCCUGCCAGCACAUUUUCCUCAAGACCUCGUCCAACGAUGGGAUUCCGAUCGAGGCUUCGGACGAGGAGGCGGUCUAUCUGCAAAGCUUUCCGCUAGCGCCAUAUGCUGAAUUGCAAGUUGUUGAUACGCGGCCAGCGUCUGCCAGGCCCAAUUUCACAAGCGCCGUUGGCGUCGAGAAAUUCGAGCUGCCUGAAGAGGAGUACGAGAAGAAGACGGACUCGGUCCUCGCAUGGAAGAAGGCUCAGAAGCUCGGGCGAUUCGACCCGAACGCCCCGACCCAUGAGCAGGCCAAGAUCGACGCCAUCGCCAAAGAGAUUGGGGCCCGAGGAAUCGCGGUGGGGAAGCGGUGCAGAGUUGGUGGUGACGAUACGAGACGCGGGGAGGUCAAGUACGUGGGGGAUGUCAAGGAGAUUCCUGGUAUUGGUGCCUGGGUGGGCGUCCAACUGGACGAGCCGGUUGGCAAGAAUGACGGCAGCGUGGGAGGUACGCGCUACUGGGGCGAAGAGUCGGAGCUUAAGCGUGGCGUGUUUGUGAGAGCAGAGCGGGUGGAGGUUGGGGACUUUCCUGUUCUGGAUGACCUCGAGGACAUGGAGGAGAUCUGAAGUCCAUCACCACACCAACAUAUGCGUACCAAUGGAAACCUUGACGCUGUCACCAUCUUCUGCUGCCCUUGAGGCUUGAUUGGCUCUCAUCUCGCACCCAACACCAUCUGCCUAGUUGGCUAGUCGCAGAGGCCCGUCCCGAUGCGUUGGUGGACUGCACUCUUCUCCAGGUUCCUGAACAGCUGCGCGAAGCCGCGGCAAGAUGGUAUCCCAGUCAUCCUCCAGUGACCCCGUCUUGCUCACAAGCGCUAGCACUCCCUGAUACACUUCCCGUUAUUUUGUUGGCACCGAAAAAGCCGCCAGCUUGUAAGCAGGUGGCUGGCCCUUGAAGCCGACCUCGAAACUGCCGCUUCCCAAGCUUCUGCGCCAUUGCCCUGUUACCAACAUCUCACCGGGCUUGCAAAACUAAGUGAGAUUUUCCGCCGAGCAAAUAUCUCGUCCAAACAAGCUCCAGAAAGAUGCCAUUAAGAUAUACCAUCACCAGCUCAGGAAAAGGGGCUCAGGGGCAAUCAGGCACUGAAAAUCUCGAAACGACCAAUGCGACAAAGGGAGGAUAUGUCUACUCAGGUAUCGAAUUUGCAUUUAACCGCAUCUCUCACUGCGAGGUAUGGUGCAAGGGGUUGAUGGGCCCCGUAACGCCUGAUGUUCGAACUCCAUGCAGGGCAAGGCGUUUACCCCUGAGUGCAACGCUGCCGUUAACAGACCAUCUGCAACAACCCUCUCAAAUUACCACGAAAUAUCCAUUUUGCGUCUUCGCCAUUUUUGUUGCAAAUAACACAUCAUCACUGGAUAUUUUAUCUCUCGAAACAUCAGCUUUUUUCUCCAAUCUUGUCUUGCCAAAUAUCCUUUUUGUUGACAAGUCGGCAUUUGAUUAGUGGUAGCGCUGUCAGCAAAAACACCAAGCGUUGUUUAGCAUCUGAGACUCGGAACGUCGAUCACAGAGACAGGAUCUCAAGGAGCAAAAAGCUUCCGAGCCAGCCAAAACAUCUACGAGUCCAAACAAAAGUGUUUUCUUUCGGAUCACUUCCGAAGUAAUCGUCGUUGGAUCAGCUUCGCUUUUGUAUGCUGCGUGCAAAAAAUAGAUCCAGUUUACCUGCGGCUUUGAGGCUCCACCGAACAGCGCAUUCUCUAGUUCAAGUCGUCUCCAACAAUAUACACCAUCAACAGUCAUCGAUG